AUGCAAUACCUCCUACUUUGUGCUGUCAUCCUCCUACCUGAGAGUCUCGGUUUUCCAGCACAACUUCGACCAGAACCACAGAGCAUCACAAACUUUGUAAAUAUAAAGGAAUAUCUUGAUAAAUUCUUCCCAAUUUAUACAAAAACACAAAGCUUGAGCUUAGAAGACAGGAUUAAAGAAAUGCAAAGGUUUUUCCACCUGACUGUAACUGGAAAAUUAAAUGAUGAAACAGAAAAAACAAUGGAAAAGCCCCGAUGUGGACUCCCUGAUAUAGCAGAUUACAGAGUAUUUCCUGGAAUUCCAAGAUGGAAAAAGAGAUAUUUGACUUACAGAAUUGUCAGCUAUACACCUGAUCUACCCCAAAGGAAAGUGGAUGAUGCAAUUAGAAGGGCUUUUAUGGUAUGGAGUGAUGUGACUCCACUGCAGUUCCAAAGAAUACACACUGGAGAGGCAGACAUUAUGAUUAGAUUUGAACGUCGUGAUCAUGGUGAUGGAUAUCCCUUUGAUGGAAGAGGUAACACACUAGCUCAUGCAUUUGCACCUGGAGAAGGGAUUGGUGGAGACGCACAUUUUGAUGAUGAUGAAAGGUGGUCUGAGACCAAUCGAGAAGUGAAUUUGUUCCUUGUUGCUGCUCAUGAAUUUGGCCAUUCUUUGGGACUCGCUCAUUCAAAUGUCCCUGAAGCUCUGAUGUACCCUAUCUACUCAUAUGUGAACCCAGCAAACUUCAGACUUUCAGAGGAUGAUAAGCGAGGAAUUCAGAAGUUAUACG